UUGGAAAUUGAUCGGUCAAUAGUGAUGUAUCUAAUUCACAUUCGUUAUUAUAGUUGCUAUAUUUUAGUUGGAUUAAAACUAAAGAAUAUGAGUGGUUACGGUGCCGGAGGGCUGACUGGCAGCGGCGACACGGACGCGCUGUCGCGGCGGUUGCGCGAUGCGGAGAGGGCGCGCGCGGAUGCGGAGAGAGCGCAUGCGGAUGCGCUCGCUCAACUGCGGACGGCGCAGCGGACGCCCCUCGACUCACACAACGUCGAGCAGCUGCAGUCUAGGGUGCGGGAGUUGGAGAAAAAGGCAGCUUUAGAAACUGUGCGAUGCGAGGAGCUACAACUGGAGUUGUCGUCGGCUCUGCGGGCGCGGGGCACCUCCACAUCAGCCACGUGGUCCACGCAUUCUGCGCAGCCCGCGUCGGAGAUCGAGCGCAUCAUGGCCAAGAUCGAACAGGACAACCGCAUCCUCGCCGAGUUAGAGCACACCAGGUCCACUACACACGGGAUACAAACUAGUGGAUCAAACCAGGCGCUGGGCGAGUUUCAUUCUCCAACACCUUCACCCUUACCGCAUUCGUACACGAGCGUGGCGGGACAUGCGGCGAUAUGCCAGAGCAACACCAUGCCGACGCUGUCCUCAUUCCACGCCGCGGGCCAGUUUUCCGCUCCUAGCUCUAACACCGUUGCCUACUCCAUGAGCGCGCACAACCCCACCUCCUACGCUAACCCUGUCUCUGCUUACUCCACUAGCUCUUACGGCCUGCAAAACACCCACCAGGUCACCUUCACCAACCCUGUCACUGCACCUCUCGUCAACAGCAUCGGCCAAAUCUCCAGCACUCUAGCAGGCCUGCAAAGCAACUUGCAGAACAUCACCGGCAAUGUAUCAGCCAUGAGUUUAGGCACAGGCCUCACCACGGCGGGCAUGACGGGCACCUUGCCAGGGGCGGGACUGUCCAAUUUGAACAAUGUACAAACUAGUUUAUCUGGAGGGCUGACGAGCACCCUCGGCGGGAUUCAGUCGACGCUAACUGGAGGAUUAGGAAACGCUCUGACCAAUCUCACUGGUGGGACGCAACUCGUCCCGCUGAACACUAGUUUAACGGGCACAAGUGCGUAUGGGACCGGUACUUAUACUAAUCCACUUCUUUCAACAAGUUUAGCGACAAAUCCUAUGAAUAUAAAACUCAAACCUCUAGACGAAAUAGACCUGGGUCUAAGUAAAUAUGCAACGACAACGGCGGGCGUCGGUAGAGUAGCGACCCCGGUGACGCCGCACCAACCGUCGUGGGGCUUAGGAUUAGAUAGCCAAUUCGGAACUGAUAGACUAGGAGGCUUAGAUACGGGAUUCAGCCAUGAUCGGAAUCAAAGAGCGUUGGUGCGGAUGAUGCCGAACCCUGGACUAGACAUGGACGUUCGAAACACGCAUUACAUGAAUGGAGGUGCACAACCUGAAAUGCAGGUAGACAUGUUGGAUAUUCCGGGUAAAGGCCGCUGCUGUGUCUAUAUCGCCCGGUUUUCUUAUGAUCCACCUGAUAUUGAGGGAACUGAAGGUGAAUUAUCGAUUUCUGCUGGCGAUUAUUUACUAGUGUGGGGUCCGCUAGACCCGAAUGCUGCUAUGCUAGACGCCGAAUUGCUUGAUGGUCGUCGAGGCUUAGUGCCAGCUAAUUUCGUGCAGAGACUGGUUGGAGAAGACCUUUUAGAAUUCCAUCAGGCUGUGGUGGCGACGCUGAGGGACGUGGAUGAGUCUGCCACAACUGCUGUCAGUGACUUGUCCCUGAGUCGUGAUGUGGCACGUCUGAGCGAGAUGGCCGACAUGAGCGAAGGCCCCGAAGAUGACGACAACGAGCUGUUUUUCUCGUCGCUAGUGCCCGCACCGAGGCAGUUGACCCUCGAGAGACAGUUGAACAAGUCAGUGCUGAUCGGAUGGACCGCGCCUGAGGGUGUCCAACAGGCGAAUAUAGACAGCUACCACGUGUAUGUGGAUUGUGUGCUCAAGACCACAGUUAAAGCUACGGAACGCACCCGCGCUCUUGUUGAGGGCGUAGAUUCUAAUCGAGGUACUUUUUUAAAGCCCCAUCGUAUAAGUGUGCGUUCCGUCACGGCGUCGCGACGCACCUCCCGUGACGCGGCCUGCACCAUGGUUAUCGGCCGUGAUACCGCAAACAUGGGCCCCACGUGUGUCAGAGCUAGUGGCGUUACUUGCUCCCAAGCUGUCAUCUCCUGGCUCCCGGCCAACUCCAACCACCAGCAUGUCGUUUGUGUGAACAAUGUUGAGGUUCGCACCGUAAAACCAGGAGUUUAUCGACACACGAUUACAGGACUCUCGCCUAGCACUCAGUACCGUGUAACCGUAAGAGCUAAACAUUUGAGAGCAGGACCUCCAUCUGGUAUACCAAUAGAGGAAGCUCCUGGAGCCUACACGGACUUCAGAACAUUGCCGAAAGGUCUGCCUGACCCGCCCAACGAAAUAAUGGUGGAAGCGGGCCCGCAAGACGGCACUCUGCUGGUGACUUGGCAACCAGUGCUACGCCCCCCCGCCUCUGGGCCUGUCACUGGGUACGCUGUGUACGCCGACGGCAAGAAGGUGACCGACGUGGAUUCCCCGACCGGUGACCACGCUCUCAUCGACAUUGGCAAACUGAUCGGCCUCAAUCCUAAAUGUGUCACCGUUCGUACAAAAUCAAGGGACAGCCAGUCCAGUGAUAGCGCGCCUACGCCGAUCCCACCUGCUGUGUUGCGUGGUGUAGUAUCUAGAAUUCCACGCGGGCCGGGUCCAGGGCCCGCUCAGCCUGGCCCGGGAUACCAAAGAGGCGUUCAACGGCCUCCGCCGUACCAACAACAGCAACAAGUAAUAGAGCACGACGAGAAUCUAUCUGAUAAAGAGAUAUUCCCAACGGCCAACAGACACGACCAACAAGCCACUCAGCAAUCGGGAAUACCGGCCAUCGAAAUCACUAAAGAGGGCGCCGCGGAGCUGGCUAGCGAAGACGAGGAAGCGACGCGCCGCCGCCCGCAGCAACCGUCCCAACCUGCGCAAGCGUCGCAGCCGCCAUCGGGUCCGCAGUACCCGAGUACACCAGCCUACCAUGGCACGCAGCAACCCCCCUAUCCACAAGCCGGACAAUUCCCAAGUAAUCAGCCAAACCAGUACCCCAGCCAGCAGCCGCAGUACCAGAAUCCGCCGCCGAGGAACCAUCAAGAGAGAGGCCGCCCGCCGAACCCGCACCAGAAGCAAGCCCAGCAAGGCAUGCAGUACGCGGCCAGGGGCGCGGCCCCCGGAGGCCCUUCGGGCGGCGCGCCCCGCGGCCCCCCGCCUGGCUCCCGGCACGCAACCCAGGGCCAUCCGCAGUCGAAGCGUUGCCGCUACUUCAUCGCCCUCUUCGAUUACGACCCAGCUACAAUGAGUCCUAAUCCUGAGAGCUGCGAUGAAGAGCUGCCUUUUAGUGACGGGGACACUAUUAAGGUGUGGGGUGACAAAGACGCGGAUGGCUUCUACUGGGGCGAGUGCCGCGGGCGGCGUGGGUACGUGCCUCACAACAUGGUGAUGGAGGUGUCUGAGCAGGAGGCUACGGGGCAGGUGGCGAAGCCCCGCGACCGCUGGACUGACGCGUACGCCAACCAACCUGUGCGCAGGAUGGUCGCGCUCUACGACUACGACCCGCAGGAGCUGAGCCCUAAUGUCGACGCCGACGCUGAACUGAGUUUCCAAACUGGUCAGAUAAUCCACGUGUACGGUGAGAUGGAUGACGACGGCUUCUACAUGGCCGAGAUCGAUGGAGUCCGUGGGCUGGUACCAAGUAACUUCCUCACGGACGCCAACGACCAGUACUCCACGGGUCAAAGUAGUCAAGUUGGAGUGGCGGGUAUGCGCGGACCAGGCGCGGGCGCCGGGCGUGGCCGGGGCAUGGGUCCAGGGCCCGGGCCCGGACCCAGCAUGGGGGCAGCGGGCCCCGCGCCCGGCCCAGGCGCUCGGGGCCCGCCGCCCCCGCCGCGGGACAACGUCGCGCCAGCGCCGCGCAACCAUCACCGUAAAACAGAUGCCUGCCCUCUUCCCCCUUCUCAGUUAGACCACAACACAUGCGCCAGUAAUCCAGAACAGGCGAAUUCUCAGGCGAGGGCGAGAGGCGCGGCGAGCGGGCAACAAGCGAGCACGAUCGCGCGCACGAGCGCUGGUAACGCGAGCACUCCCACGGCGCAGUCGCCCGGCACCGCGCCCGGGGCUGGCUCGGCAGGCGGCGCGGCGGGCGGCGCGACAGCAGGCACACCGCUGGGAAGCACGGGCGGUGCGAGCGGCGCAACGACGGGCGGCGCGGCAGCCCCGUCCCCCGCCCGUCGCGCUGGGCCCGCCGUCGUGCCCGCGCCGUCUGCGCAGCCGCUCACGCCGGUGCAGCCGCCCACCUCGCAGCCUAACCUCAUGCAGAAGUUCUCCGAGAUCACGGCGCCCGGUGGUGACAUCCUCAGCAAGGGCAAGGAGCUGAUCUUCAUGAAGUUCGGCCUCGGCGGCAAAUAAUGUCGGCAUUUGGGGCGGUGCUUGGGGCGGCGCGGGGGCGGCGGGACGCUCCAGCUGCGGCUCCGCGUGCGGCCCGGGCAGGCGGUCUGUGGUUUGGUUCUGGAUGUAGGCCGCGAGGGUAGCGGAGAUUGUAAAUAGUAAUUCAAUAAACGCACAGUCUAGUGAAUAUUUGAGCAUUAGUGCUGUCUGGUACUCGGUAGCAUCCACGGUUGGAGUUGUGACUCUGUUAGUCGUGUGUCUGACGCUUCUCUCUCGGACUCUCGCCCGUUUGUUGUUUGUUAGGUUAGACUACGGUAUGGAGUGAAUUGUUUACGCGUUCGUAGAGUUUAACCCGAAUCAUUUUUAUGUGUGGGUAUACAUGUACAUUGUGGUAAUACCGCCUAGCUGUUACUUCACAAUACUUGUGGCAUAGUCGUUGUGAUUUUCUACUUACGUUUUCGAUCGCUAGCUGUGAGUUACCCCGAACGAUAAGUAGAUCUAAUGUUAUACAUUCCUUCCUCCGUUUAUUUUAUAUUAUAUAGUGUAUUUGAAUGUUUAAAACACUUUAUCUAACCUAUUAUAGAUGUUGAACUUCUGUGAGUUGUGUAACGCUCUGUUACUACCGUCCUAUUGACCAAUAAUUUUGUUGAUAAUUUAAUUUUUAAUACAUCCUGAUGAACGAUAGUGCAUGAUCAUGCGUGUACAUAGUACUCGUGCAUACAUUUACAUAGCGAGCAGUGUCGCCGCGCAGUCGCCGCGCCGGCGCGAUGCGCGGUCCCAACGAAUUGUAUAUCUGUUCGUAGAGUAAUACAUAUACAAGCAUAAACCCAUUAUAUAGGGCAAUAUCAGUUGAUUACUGUAUGACGUUAUUGUAAAUUUUUGAAAUAUAAUGUAUAGGCUGCCACGUUGCCAGUAUCCCGAAAUACCAAGCUUGUAAUUCAGUGUAAUAAUUUAAAUAAGAGUUGAUGUAUAAGCGCAUUGGAUUUACAUGCUGAUCUUUUUAAUAUUCUCGAAUAAUAAAUAAUAUUCUGUGAUAGUAGAAGUGAUACCAUCUACAUUCUUAAAUUAUAAUAUAACUGCGUCAUUGUCAGAGCUCGUGUUUAUUGAACAAGUCUUCAUUGUCGUAUCGAGGUUCCUUCGCCGCGGAGUUACUAUCCAGUAUCCACUCCAGUAUCCACGGAUCUGUUGGACAACUCGCAACUAACAACUAACAACCAGUCGCUGAUGGAUGUAACUUCAUUGUCACUCAUCUAUACAUUAUACGAUUGUUUGUGACGCCUUCGCUGUCCUAACACACGCCAUUUAAGAUGUUUAUACAAACGAAAAUAUUUUCAUUAAUGGUAAAGUAAUUAUCUGCAGAUAAGGCUAACGUCGUAUGAAACCGACAUAAGACUGCUUGCAUGGAAAUAUUAAGUUUACUGUGAUUGUUUAAAGUUUAUAUACUUCUUUAUAACAUAACUUAUCGGUUCUAUAUUAAUGAAACUUAAUAUAACGUUUCAUACUUUAAAAAGAAUAAAGUACUGAAUAUUAAGUAGCAACGACCUUCCCGAGGGCUCGUCUGAGCGCGGGGGUGCGCAGGCGCAUGGUGGCGCAUGGUGGCGCAUGGUGGCGCACGGGAGCGGGCGUGCUGCUACAGCGGAGAUGGUUUAUAAUGAUGUUCUGAUUGUUAUGUACAUACUCGUAUGGGGUAAGGUCGGUGGGCUGUAGGCUACUUCGAGAUUGCUCACUUCGUACAAGGGAUUCUCUAUAAGUCCUUUAUAUUGCUUCGUAUCUAUCCAAUACAUUGGCUCGUGUAUCUUCUCGUAACCUUUCACAUGAUAUCCGCUUGCGAUUCGUAAUGUUAAGCGUUAAUAUUAUAUCCCCACUGUUUAUUCCUAAAUUCCAAUUGGUUGUAAAUAGUGCCGCGCUGGAUACGUAUAUUUUAGCUAAGCACCGCUACAUAUCUACAUAAUAUAUGACAUGUAUUUGCAAAUUUUUCUAUCAUUAAUAUUAUCUAGCGUUAUUUCUAACACGUUCGAAAUGUUCACUUGUUUAUACAUUGUUAUAAAAUGUGUAUUGACUAUUGAUAUCUGUCACGGCGUACUGCGGGGCGCGCGGCGCACUCACUACGCCCUGCGCAGUACGCUACGCAGUGCGCACGCGCAUCAAGUACGUUCUCGCGGUACGCUCGUGUCUUUAUAUACGGGAUUAUAUGAAUUAUGUAUAUUAAUCGUGCAGCCAUGUAUGCAUAAUUUAAUAUAAAGAGUUGUAUAUUACAUAUAUAUUUAAUGAUGAAUUAUGGCGACACUAUAUAACGGAUAAAUCUUUAAAAAUGUACCAAUGACAUAUGCUGAUACAAAAUAAAUAAUACGAAUGCCGCUUCUUUAUUUAUUGUAUUUUUACCUAUUUAUAAUCGUAUUUAAAUAUUCACUUUUAUAAUCAUUAUGACACUAUAUUUAUUAUGUGUAUCGCUAAAGUUAUUAUUUCGAUUUAUAUCAAUUAGGUACAAAGCAAUCUCUCUUGACAAUAAAUAGAAAACCGUCUUAUAUGUGAAUAAA